AUGGCCCUCGCAAACGAGGAAAUGACGGCAUUUCGAACCCCAAAAGGGAUAUAUUGUUACAAGGUAAUGCCUUUCGGGUUGAAGAACGUCGGCGCUACUUAUCAACGUGCCAUGCAGAAGGUGUUUGACAAUAUGUUACACAAACACGUGGAGUGUUAUGUGGAUGACCUUGUGGUCAAGACCAAGCGAAGACAGAACCAUUUGAAAGAUCUAAGAACCGUGUUCGAUCACCUGCGAAAGUACCAGUUAAAGAUGAACCCUCUUAAAUGCGCGUUUGGCACCUCCUGUCUUAGAAGCCCCAGUAGCGGGCAAGCCAUUGAUACUAUACAUUGCAGCGCAAGAGAGAUCACUAGGGGGGCACUAUUGGCACAAGAAAGAGUAAAGGGAAAAGAACACACUCUCUAUUACUUGAGUAGAACCCUAAAUGGAGCCGAGAUCAAUUAUUCCCCUAUAAAGAAGACGUGCCUCGCGCUCUUCUUCGCCAUAGAUAAGUUGAGGCACUACAUACAGGCCUUCACAGUCCACUUAAUUGCGAAAGCUGGCCCCAUCAAGUACGUCUUGUCCAGGCCGAUCAUCUUGGGACGUUUAGCCAAAUGGGCAAUCAUGCUCCAACAAUACGACAUUGUUUAUGUACCACAAAGAGCAGUUAAAGGGCAGGUAUUGGUGGACUUCCUGGCAGAACACCCAGUUCCAUCGGAUUGGGAGUUAAGUGAAGACUUGCCCAAUGACGAAGUUCUCUUCACAGAAACCUCAGGGCUGUGGGUCAUGUUUUUUAACGAUGCGGCACGAAAAAGUGGUGCGGGGCCAGGUAUCAUCCUCAUUUUGCCAGAAAAGCACAUGUUGCCUUAUAGCUUCACACUUGCCGAGUUAUGCUCAAACAACGUCGUUGAAUACCAAGCCUUGAUAAUUGGCCUCCAAAUGGCCUUAGAGAUUGGAAUAGCUUGUAUAGAAAUCUUCGGUGACUCAAAGUUGAUAAUCAAUCAAAUCUUAUGCCAGUAUGAGGUGAAGCAUGACAACUUGAAACCCUACUUCACUUACGCUCGCCAGUUGAUGGAAAAGUUCGAAAGUGUGGCACUGGAACAUGUCCUGAGGAUGGAGAACAAGAAAGCGGAUGCCUUGGCAAACCUAGCCACUACCUUAACAGACCUGGAUAAUGUGCCCCUUAAUAUAUCGCUUUGGCGAAGAUGA